AUGAUUCACGAUGCGUAUGAUGUCUAUGAAAAUAACCCAACCUAUUUUCAGACGUUGCUUGAAGACACUGAAAAACCUCUAUAUCCUGGUUGUAGUCAAUUUACCAAGCUAUCUGCCACUAUUAAAUUGUACAAUUUGAAGGCGAAACAUGGUUGGAGUGAUAGUAGUUUCAAUGAUCUAUUGAAAUUGGUAAAAGAAAUGCUCCCUGAAAGCAAUUCCAUGCCUUUUUCUUUGUACGAUGCAAAGAAAACCUUAAGCACCCUAGGGUUAGAUUAUGAUAAGAUUCAUGCCUGCCCCAACGAUUGUAUUUUAUAUCGAAAGGAGUAUUUAGAUUCAAGUGAUUGCCCUACAUGUGGGAUGUCAAGAUGGAAGGUGAAUAAGAAAGGUAAGGCUAUGCCUGGAGUGCCGUCAAAAGUUCUGUGGUAUUUUCCUCCAAUACCAAGAUUCCGAAGAAUGUUUCGUACUCGGGAAAUUGCGAAAGAGCUAGUUUGGCAUGCAGAUGAAAGAAAGCGUGACGGUAAGUUGCGUCAUCCAGCUGAUGCACCGGCUUGGAGAUUAGUAGACCACAAAUGGCCCGAUUUCGGCAACGAACCCAGAAAUCUUAGAUUAGCUUUAGCAACAGAUGGUAUGAAUCCACACAAUAUGAUGAAUUCUAACUAUAGUUGUUGGCCUGUUGUACUUGUCACGUACAACCUUCCUCCGUGGUUAUGCAUGAAGAGAAGAUUUAUGAUGCUAACUCUAUUGAUUUCUGGUCCCAAGCAACCCGGGAAUGAUAUUGAUGUAUACUUGGCACCCCUAAUUGAUGACUUGAAAGAGUUAUGGGAGAUAGGCAUCCAAGCAUAUGACGCAUAUCGUUCUCAAAGCUUCACACUUAGAUCUGUUCUAUUAUGGACAAUCAAUGAUUUUCCUGCCUAUGGAAACUUGUCCGGGUGUUCUGUUAAAGGGUAUAAAGCAUGCCCGAUUUGUGCAGAUCAAACUCAUUCUAAAUGGCUACCGUACAGUAGAAAAGUAUCUUAUACAGGACACCGACAGUUUUUACCUGAAUACCAUCCAUACCGAAGGCAGAAGAAAGCGUUUGACGGCGUACAAGAGUUGCGGGCUGCCCCAAAACCUCUAAGUGGCACAGAAGUUUUUGAAAGAAUGCAAGCAUGCAAUUGUGUGUGGGGAAAAACAAAGGGCAGAAAAAUAUCAGAUGAAGUGAAUUCUAAGAAGAGAAAGAAAAAGGAUAAAAAAGAGCAAAAUGAGACAAAAGAGUCAGAUGUGCCUUCCGUAGGCAACUCAUGUUUCAAGAAAAAGUCAAUUUUCUAUGAGUUAGAGUAUUGGCAAUAUUUACAUGUUCGUCACAUACUCGAUGUGAUGCACAUUGAAAAAAAUGUUCUAGAAAGUCUAAUCGGUACAUUGCUAGAUAUUCCUGGGAAAACGAAGGAUGGAGUUGCUGCGAGAAUGGAUUUGGUACACAUGGGUGUGAGAAAUGAGUUAGCACCAACUGUGGUUGGGAAGAAGACAUGUUUGCGCAUGUUAUACACUUACUAA